AGUCCUGUUGGCUCAAAGUUCUUGCGGUGGUGACAGAGCGAAAGCCACUCUGUGAACAGUAAGGGAGCCGUCUGUCUGUGUCAGCCAAAGCUGUACCCCACCUCCUGACACCCUUUGUGUUGAAUGGCUAUUGUUACUAACACACUGAAUGGACUGUAAGAGACAAGCCAAAACAAGGAAAAAGAAGCAUAACUGGAAUUUGCGUGAACUGCACACCAGCCACUAACACACUUUUUCAGAAGCUGAAGAUCUAAGGUGGAGGUUAGAGUGCAUGAAUUGCUGUGAAGGAUAAAUGACAAUAGGCUUGUUAUAGAGGACUACUUUGCAGUCUAUCAGGAGGCAUUUCAGGCAGAGAAGAGGACAUACCUCUCUGCCCUGAUUGCAGAAAGAAUGGCAGACAAUGAAGGUGGAAAAAUGAGUGCAAAAGCAUUAUUUGAACAGAGAAAAAUAUAUUCCAACUCCAAUGUCAUAAUGCAUGACACUUCACAGUAUCAUGUUGAGCAUCUGGCAACAUUUAUGAUGGACAAGAGUGAAGCAAUUGUAACUACAGACGAUGCCAUCAAGAAGUUAGUGGCUCUGGAAUCAAAGGGAAAAAUAUGGACCCAAGAAAUGUUGCUGUCAGUCACCAGCACUGCUAUACGGCUGCUUGACUGUCAAACACAGGAAGAACUUGAGAAUUUUCCUAUUCACACCGUGCUACACAGCCAGACUGUUUUGAAUCAGAUCCGGUAUCCAUCCAUUCUGCUACUAAUAUGCCAGGAUGCAGAUCAGGCAAAACCAGACAUUCACUUCUUCCACUGUGAUGAGGUAGAGGCUGAGAUGGUCCAUGAAGACAUUGAUAGUGCCGUUGGAGAUAACAAAUAUGGGAAGAAGAUGCGUCCACAGACAUUAAAAAUUAACCAGGAGAAACUUAAAAAACAUAGAGAGACCAUUAUACCUGCAUCUCCUCAAAAUUCUUCACCCAGGCACUCCAACUCUGGCAAAGUGUCCCAAAUAGAUGCACGGAGUCGCACAAGUAGCAAUUCAGGACGCUCUGAUACAGAGUUUGACAGAAGGAGCACAAGUUCACAGGAACUAGAUGAACCCCAUGACGUUCUUGCACAUAAAGUGGAAAAGGAUGUGCAACUUUUGAACUGCACAUUGGAUGAUAUUGAGGUCUUUGUAGCCCAGCUGCAGAAAGCAGCAGAGGCCUUCAGCCAGCUGAACAUGAGAAAGAAAGGAAAGAAGAACAAAAAGAAGGGGCCUGCAGAGGGCAUGCUGACUCUAAGAGCAAAACCGCCAUCAGAAGCUGAGUUUAUUGAUACUAUUCAAAAAAUAAAACUGGCUUUUAAUCUCUUGGCAAAACUAAGAAAGCACAUCCAGAACCCCAGUGCCACUGAACUGGUGCAUUCCUUAUUUGGACCUUUGGAACUGAUACUUCGAAGCUGUGGAGGCACAGAACUGCCAAGAAGCAUACUUACCCCUCUGCUUUCUAAAGAUGGUGUAGAAUUCUUAAGGGGCUACCUAACACCAAAAGAGGUAACACUCUGGGAGUCACUUGGAGAGACAUGGACUCGACCGAGAAAUGAGUGGCCCAAAGACAGCAAUAUUCCCCUGUAUUUUCCAAAAUUCAGAAAUGGAUGGGAGGCACCCAUUGAGUGUUUCCGAGGGGCACCUUGGGAGGCAGAAAUACCUCUUCCUUCAGAACCGAGUGGCAACAUUAUGAGCCCACAGCCCAAACAAGAGCCAACAGCAUUUCCUGCAUUGAACGGGUAUGGAUAUUCUAAACUUCCUUAUGCACAACCCAAAUCUCCACCUACGAGUGCCUUUCCUGAAACUCCUAAUAAACCUUUAAAUAGGAGCAUGGAAAGCCAAGGUAUGAUGGCUGUGAAAAAAUAUGCGAAAAUCAGAUAUGAUUUUGUAGCACGAAAUGCUGAUGAGCUUUCAGUUCUGAAGGAUGAAGUCCUAGAGGUGAUCGAUGACAAAAAACAGUGGUGGAAGCUAAGGAACAGAAUAGGACAAAUUGGAUUUGUCCCGUACAAUAUCCUGGAUGUAGUUCGAGUAGAAGAGCCAUUUGACCAACCAGAAGCAAUGUACAGUCACAGUUUGCCUGGUCAGCGACCCAGGGGAAUGGGCCAAUCAAGCCCUAAUCACAGCCCAUCAGGAACACUGUCUGGUGACAGGAAGUGGAGUGACAGAAGAAGCAUCGGGGAUAUGCCAGGACCCCCUCGCUCUGCAGUUCCAUUCUUCAAUUCUCCUGAUCGUAUUCAGCAGAUGGAUAACUUAAAUGAGGAAUUGGCUAUAAAGAUUGCAAUCUCCAAGAAUCAUCCUGGACAGAGAAACUUCAGAAUAGAAAAGAAUCCACAGACACAAGCUCCACUUAGUUUUGACUCUGGCCCGGAUGAAGUUAAAGCCUGGAUGGAAGCAAAAGGCUUUAGCAGACUGACAGUUAAUCAGCUUGGCAUACUAACAGCAGCACAGCUGUUUUCUCUAAAUAAGGAAGAACUGAAAAGGGUUUGUGGAGAGGAGGGUGCCCGAGUAUAUAGCCAGAUCACAGUUCAGCGUUCCCAGAUUGAGAAAAAUCAGGGAGACUCAGAACUGCAAGAAAUCAUGAGGAGACGUCAGGAGAAGAUAGACAGCCCAAAAUAGAGGAAUACCUAUUGUUGCUCUACACUGCUGCAUCCUAAAUGAAUAUGACUAAUCAUACCAAAAGGAAGACUAACCGAUACCAGUUCACUAAUUUCAGAUAGAUUUCUACCAAAGUACUUCAUCACAGACCUUUGUAUUAACAAUCUGAAACAAUUCCUUCUGGAAACUGAACAGCCUUCAGGGAAUUUCAUCAAUGUUAUUAAGUAUUAUUGUAUUUACUUGGUGAAAUAAUUAGCCUGUAUUUAUAUAAAUUGUUGUUCGAUAUGAAUGGAAACAUGUUUGGAAUAGUUUGAAUUCUUUCAUUCCCCACAUCAAACUGUAUAUAAAGGCUCUGCCAAAUUCUUAAUCGAAGCAUAGAUUUUUUUUUGUUCUGUAGUUCUUUUUUAAGUAGUGAUUAAAAUUAUGUUAGUAUCUUCUCUUGCACCAUCAUUCAGUUUCCUUUGCAGAAUGCACCAAGUACUGUAUACAGCUGCAGUUUUAAUUUCUUUAAUAAUAUUCCACACAUUAAGUUGGCCACAACAACACAGAUAUGUAAUGUCCUUUACAAUAUUUUAACCUUUUACUCAACACUCACUGGAUGGCACAGUUAAAAAAAUCUUCAUAUUUUUCCCUGUGUUUACAGUUUGUAUUGAUUUAGAAUAGCACAUUUGUUUUAAUAUUAAUGCCUUGCAACUUUAUCAAUAGACAGGAUCACAACACAAGCCUUUCUCUUUGUGGGUGUGCUUUGUCAUACCACUGGUUGGUAGAGCAAUACCUAGCUGACAAACCACUGAAAUUUCUCACUCCUCAUUGUCACUAUUAUUAAGAUCUUAUCGGGGACUAACUCUGAAGUGCUUUUUGCAGGAGAGAGAGAACUAAAUCUCCCUGCACUUCACAACAUGGAGUGUCUGCCCCAGACCCUUAAUCUCUGAGUUUACACAAACAAGAAAAAAAUGAAAUUACAUUUGUUCUAUCUUCCUGAAGUUAAUGUGACCUCAGAGGGAGUAUAUUUAGAGAGUUGGAGUAUGGAACAGAGACCCUACAUCAGGGAGUGAAAGGUGCACAGCCUUCAUCCCUGCAAAACACAGUUUAUAUAAUUGUAUGUGUUUGCGUCUAUCUUGGUGGUCUACUGGUUGGCAUUAAGGUCAUCUGUGGUAGAUUCAGAUCAAUAUGGCCUCCUGAUAGUCCAAGUAGAACCCUUUGUACUACUUUUGUAUCACAAAAUGAAAUACAACUGUUUAUGCUGUUAGUACUUUGUAAUGAAAAGUUCUUCUUAAAUUAUUUUUCAUUUAAUAUUCAAUUAUUGCUUUAGACUGUACAACAAAUUCAAUGCGAGAGUUACUCUGGAUGUUCAGAGUCUGUUAUUAUACAGUUGUGCUGUAAGCUAUCACAAGAACAUUCAAAUGACAUUGAUUUUCCAAUAACAAAGUUAAACACAGAAAAAAAAACAGCACAUUUUACUUUGUAAUGUUUAUUGUGUACUUUUAACCAUUUAGUUGUGGCAAAACAGAUUAAUUCUCACUUUCUAAAGGCUAACAUAAAUUACUGUACACUUUCGAUAUAAUAACUUUUAAAGAAUGUUGUAUUUUCCUGUUAGCAAAAUGCAUUUACAUAAACAGUACAUUAGGGUCUUUGUGAAUCCUUGCUUGAAGGCACACAUUCAUUUGUACAAAAAUUGAGAACGUAUUCAUCCUGGUUUUCAAUUAAUGUAGUAUUUAACUGUCAAUAUUAUUAAUCCCUGAAAUGAAGCAUGGGUGUAGAACAAUCCACACCAUUAUUCUGUAAAACCAAGCUUACUCCUUGUAGAAUAUUCAGUAACAAUAAGUGGACUACAUGCUGUAGGUAUUCCAGUUAAAGAGAAGUUCUUCCCACAGUAAUUAACACUCCCCUCUAAUUUCUGUUGUUAACCAAAACUGUAAGUUUUGUGGAAGAACACUUGUGUCUGAGAGUCUGCAUUGUAGAAGACAGAACUCCAAAGAAAGACUCCAUUUGUCACUGGGAGUCACAUGACCCGGAAGAGUGGUGGCCCAGGUAAAGCACACCGGUUCUCUUUUUUUCUUAUUGUUGCCAAACCCAUGUAUCAGAGAUGACAUUUAGCUUCAUGUAAGAAUCAAGUGUUAUUUCCCAGCAAGCACAAUGUCAAAUGUAUGUUUUGUACCAUUAUAUUUGUCGCUGUUUACCACCCUUAUUAUCUUAAUUAUGUAAGUUUUAUUAAAAUGUUUAAGUAUAUAGACAAGUA